CUGUGUGGCAGGCCUUGUGUUGUGCAAGACAGAGUUUUGAAAAGUAGCCCAGAACUGAUUGUUUCUCUCUUGGCUGCAGCAUUAGAGAUGGGAUCAUGUCUUGCUGCCUUUACACAUUUUCCUUUCGCUCUCUUUGGGCCUUAAAACAUGAUGAAACCAGAAACCCUUGGGAUACAGAAAGAAGGUUCUGUCUUCACUCUUCAGUCAAGGCAAGAGAGACUCUCGCUGUUCCUGUAGACUCGCCAACUCUUGAACCGCUUCCAAGUUCCACAAGUCCUUUCUAUCUGUGAUGAUCUUUAGUACCUGGAAUGGUGUGACUGAUAGACCAGGAAUCUUAGGGGAAGCUUUGGCAGUGCGGUUCAAGUCAGGAAGAAGACUAAGUUGUGCCAAUGGAAAUUAUCUCUAAGAGAGUGCAUGUUUAGAAUGGAAGCUGUGUACAGUGGUACCUCUGGUUACAUACUUAAUUCGUUCCGGAGGUCUGUUCUUGUUGUAGUUUAGUCGUUUAAUCGUGUCCGACUCUUUGUGACCCCAUGGACCAGAGUCGUCUGCGACUGGACCUAAUGGUCAAGGGUCCCCUUUACCUUUACCUAAGUCUAAGACAGCAGCAGCAGCCGCCCGUCUAUAGGGCCAUGCCUAUAUCUUUAUUUAAGCUAGCUCUAAAUUAAGUGGGCAAAAAGUCUAUUUCCCAGAUAUAUAAUAUUUUGAAGUCCACAGACAAAUAUAGUUAUUUCCCCUCACUUUCCCUUUAUAUUCACCAAAAACUUCCCUUUAUGCUCAAAAUUGCUUUUUAACUGCAGCUGUUUAGAAGACUUCUUCAUGUUUACAAUAUUUUUUUAAAAAAUGACUCAUCUGGGUGGUGCUGUUAUUUUGAGCAGAAUUCACGCCCCCAAGGGAGAGAUGAUGACUUGCGUGUAUCUCAAUUAAAUCUGGAACAGAAAUAUUUUGCAAAUGUUGCAUUUAUCCAGAGCGGGGAAGGACCCAAACAAAAUUAUUUUAGCCGGGGCUUAUUUUCAGCCAGAACUUCUGCCACCUCUCUGGUGGGCGCCAUUGCCAUUUAUGAGAGAACAAGGGAGGCGUUCGUGACUUCAUUAGCAAAGUGCCCAGCCAGAGCUGCUGACUCAAAACUUUGGACAGACAAUAAGUAGCAAAGCUUCUCAGCCGUUCUGAAAGAUAGUCAGCAACCGUGGCAUCUGCAGAUCUCAUGGAAUACGAGGACAACUUCACGGAAUACUUUGGGGCUUAUGAAGAGGACGAGCCCCCCGUGUCCCACCUCACUCACGCACAGGUGGCGUCGCUUGUGUUCCAUGGCGUGGCUUUUCUCCUAGGAGUGCCUGGCAAUGCGAUCGUCAUCUGGAUUAUGGGCUUUAAAUGGGACAAGACCGUCACUUCCCUCUGGUUCCUCAACCUGGCUAUUGCGGACUUCAUCUUCGUCCUUUUCCUCCCUCUCUACAUCACCUACGUGGCCACAGGCUUCCACUGGCCCUUUGGGAAGUGGCUGUGCAAAGCAAACUCCUUCAUUGCUCUCUUCAACAUGUUUGCCAGCGUCUUCUUCCUGACAGCCAUCAGCCUUGACCGUUACGUCCAUCUGAUCCACCCUGUCUUCUCCUACCGGCAUCGGACUCUCAAGAACACCUUCUUUAUGAUUGCUUUCAUCUGGGUUUUGGCCACGCUCAUUGGAAGCCCGGCGCUGUACUUUAGAGAUACCCUUACACUACACAACAAUGUCACCAUUUGCUACAACAACUUCCAUCCCACAGACAUCGAUCUUAUUAUCCUCAGACACCAUGUUCUGACCUGGGUAAGGUUCAUUUGCGGCUACCUCUUUCCACUGCUGACCAUGAUUGUUUGCUACUCUCUUCUGAUAUGCCAGGUGAAGAAAACUGCCACGCUGACCUCCAGCAGGCUCUUCUGGACUGUUCUGGCUGUGGUGGUGGUUUUUUUCGUUUGCUGGACCCCAUACCAAAUAUUCAGCAUCUUUGAGCUCUCUGCUCACUACGAUAACUACUGGCAUGACUUGCUCCGCGACGCCAUUCCUCUUUCUGUCAGCUUUGCUUUCAUCAACAGCUGCCUUAACCCCAUUCUUUACGUCCUCCUCAGCAAGAAACUCCAGUCCUGUUUCAGUGUGACGUUUUCAGAACUGGUGAAGCACACCCUCUGGGAAGUCAGCCGGUCUGGGACAGUCAGCGAACAAGUCUGGAAUUCUUUGAGUCUACAGCAGGGCGAAGCCUCUGAGCUGGAGACUUCUCUGGGUGAAAUCUCUCCCUGACGGGCACUCACUCUGCAAUAUGCCCCCCUUAUUAAGACCUAGACAUCAGAGGUGUUUGUAACCCAACGGUCACUACACAAGAGUAGCCAAGGUGGCGCUCCCCAGGUGGAACUCCUUUUGCUUUGACCCCAUUCAGCUGCCAUGAGCUGCAUAUUUUUUCUGGUAAAACUUCUUUAGUAAAAGGACACAUGUUUAGUAGCCGCUGUGAUGUCAUCCGCAUGUUGCGUACAGCCACUCUCCUCAUCCUUGACCAUUGGCCACAAAUGAUAGAAGUUGGAAGUCUGAAUGAGGUCAAAACAGCAGAAGUUCAUAAGCAACUUCAAUUGUUCGUAGGGUUGCCAAACUUUCAGGUCUCCAAAAUUCACAUGCUUGUGAGGAGCCAUCAUUAAAAUGUUGUGAUCUUUAUCCCAGUGCCAUUUAAAGUUUAUCUGCCAAUUUCUGCACAUCAAACUACUGUUAAAAGACACAAUAGAAAGCCUGAUAAUCUCCCCCCCCCCCAAUUCAAGCUACUGAGGGAGGAAAUAUGUUUGUGCAGGGGCUUAGGAUCAUGGAAGACAGUGUGUGUCAUGGAGGGUUCUUAUUUUAUAGUUCUUCAGUAUUAAAACAUUGUCCUUCAAGCACUCUAAACAAAGACAUUGAUUCCCCCUUGAAGUAACUGCAUAGGGAAAUGUCACACAAAACAACACGCAAAUGCACUUUUUGAUGUGCUUUUAAAAACAUAGUACCUUUGCAAUCUUUUAAAGUAGUCAAGUAUACUUUAUUAUAUAUUUUUUGGCACAGAGCCUUGCUGAACAAAACUGACAAUUUCUCUUCCCCUUUGCUUAUGGUUUUUUUGCUUAGUUUCUGCUGAAGAUGUCUAAGAUUAUAUAUAUUAAAUGCAAGGAUUGCACUGCUUCCAAUGAGGCAGGUUAAUCUAUAAGCCUGCUAGCAAGCUUUAUCAACAUUUUCAGUAAACCUGGCUCCUUAAUCCUAUAGGUUGUAUCCAACAAUAGUCCUCCUCAGGGUCAAAUUAUUGGAAUUAAGAGGCAGAACUACCGGUAAUUAAACCCAUUAAUUUCAGUAGGUCUACUCCGAGUAGGACCAGUCCCAGUUAUAGAAUUUGGCAGAGCAGUACAUUUGCACGUGAGGUUUCUGGUCCACUGAAAUGAUUUGCACAGAGACACAUUGAUCUGGGUAUUUUGCACUUCCAGAGGGUUUAGGGAAACAGUUUUGUUCUACAAAAGAAGCAAAGCAAUACAUUCACUAAGAAUGGCUUUCAGAGUUCAAGCCGCUUUACCAGUGCUGAUUUCACUUAAUCUCAGUCAGAUACUGACCUAGCUGCAUAAUAUUUAGUGGUAGCACCACUGUGUUCCUUUCAAAUUAUAGCAUACUGCCUGUUCUGACCUUAAAUAUGGUGGUUUCUUCAGCACUGCCACCCCAGUCAAUUGAUCCCUUUUUGCCUUUGCUUUAUUACUGCACAAGUCUUUUUUAAAUGCACCUUUUUCUUGGGUUUUUGUUUUCCCCUUUGCUUCGUGUGCCCCAUCCUGUCUUCCUCUGGGCUCCCUGUCCCUUGCCUUGUCUUGUCUCCUGAAAGGUCUUCCCAGUCUUUCGCAUCACCGGAAAGCUCCCCUUGCAAUGUUUUCAUCUAUGAAACCCCUCUGGAUUAACGUUUCACCUUGAAAUCCCAACUUCCCCUCCUCUCGCAAACUCUGGACGGAAAACAUGCUGACAGCUUUCUCCCCUGAGCAGGGAGGGACGUUUGUGGAUAUCAUAGCAGCUCGGAAACGUGUGAGGGGCUUUGCCACUGCAGUAGCGAUCCAUGAAAGGAGGACAGAAUGUAUAAUUCCAGUGGGACUUGUCUGUAAAAAGCAUGCUUGGAUCCUGUUUAUAGAAAACAAUUUACAUGUAAUUGACUGUGCAUUACAUUUCUUUGCGACGUAUGGUAGAAAUUAUUUACAUUGAUGUAGGCUGCAAAUGUGUUGCAGCCAUAUUUUUAAAAAUCAUAAUAUUGCCAAAGCAAGGAAACAGCAUUUGAAAUAAUAAAUACUUCAGAUUAA